AUGGUCUCCUCGAAGAACGACGAGGAACCGCGGACUUUCCAAUGCGCCUACUCCCGUGAGAAGGUAUUGCCAAAGAGUUGGGACAGGAAAAAUUAGAAACUCAAAUCAGACAAAUCGGAACUUUUUGGAAUCUGGUUCAAAAACAGCCAGUUUUAAUUGCAACCAAUUCUGUUUCAAGCGGUUCUCAUUUGAGAUGGGUUUAUUUAGCAGAUACUGAUCGGAUUCUAUUCACGACUGAUUUGAAACUCGAUCCUACAAAUCAUUGAAAGUACACGACUCUCGUGCUCUCUUCCAGAUGCUCGACCUGAACACCUCGCCGAUCUGUCUCCUGCGUCCCCGAUGCUUCCACACCGUCGUCCGCAACCUUCCCGAGCUGCUGCGUGCCGCCCCGUCUCCCAAUUGCUCGCCGCUACUCGUCGAGCUUCUCAACUAG